CCUGCCACCUUACACCGCGUCUCAACUUGCGCCCAAUUAAUUAUUGGCCCAAUUGAACGUAAUGCGCCCUUCGAUCAUUCUCUUCUACUUUGAACUGAUCCCAUGUUCUGUCCUACAUAUGCUUGGACGAUUUACAUGCCCUACCCAUAUCGAUAAUGGCUGACAAUGAUCUAUUCUUGGGAUUCGACCUGAGUACCCAACAGCUCAAAGGUAUCGUGGUCAAGGCAGAUCUCAAGCUCGUCUUUGAAGCAAAAGUCGACUUCGAUGCCGACCUUAGAAAAUAUGGCAUCACUAAAGGCGUUCUUACCAACCCCUCCGAGGGAGAGAUAUUCGCACCGAAUAACAUGUGGCUUGAGGCCUUUGACUUAGUGCUUCAGCGUCUAAAGGCGCAGGGACUGGACUUCUCGAGGAUCGCAGGCAUAUCUGGUGCUGGCAUGCAGCAUGGCACUGUUUUCUGGAGCACAGAUGCGGAGAAGAUCAUGAGCUCGCUAAAUCCGGCGAAGACUUUAGUGGAGCAGAUGGGUCCGGAGCAUAGCAAUGAGGCUGGCGGUGUUUUUAGUCAUCCACACAGUCCAAAUUGGCAAGAUGCGAGCACACAGAAGCAAUGUGAGAUAUUCGAUUUACAUCUAGGGAGCCCGGGAAGGCUGGCUAUGGUCACUGGUAGCAAGGCGCAUCAUCGCUUCAGUGGACCUCAAAUUCUUCGUUUCCGCACCAAGUACCCUGAACACUACAAGAAAACUGCUCGCAUAUCCCUCGUGUCCUCUUUCAUUGCUUCGAUAUUCAUGGGAAAGAUAGCGCCAAUCGACAUUGGCGAUGUCGGCGGAAUGAACAUGUGGGACGUCAGCAAAGGCCGAUGGCAGGAGGAUCUCCUAGCUCUUGUUGCUGGUGAAGAUGGGUCGGAAGGACUGAAGGAGAAGCUUGGCCCCGUCCCUGAAGAUGGUGGCGAAACGCUUGGACCGAUCUCGCCUUACUUUGUUCACCGAUUUGGCUUCCGCAAAGACUGCGCCGUCAUCGUUUGCACUGGCGACAACCCAUCCACCAUUCUUGCUCUCCCUCUCCAGGCCUCUGAUGCCAUAGUAUCGCUGGGGACCUCGACUACCUUCCUCAUGUCUACCCCGCAGUACCAGCCAGAUCCCUCAUAUCACUUCAUGAACCACCCAGCUACAGCCGGUCUCUAUAUGUUCAUGCUGUGUUAUAAGAAUGGCGGCCUCGCCCGUGAGCACGUCCGCGAUGCCAUUAAUGACCUCGAAUCCUCAGAAGACGCUAACAUAUGGGCCGCGUUCAACAGAACACUCCUCAGCACCCCUGCUCUUGGCCAGAAGGAUUCCUCGAAGGAUAACGCUCGCAUUGGUCUAUUCUUCCCUCGCCCUGAAAUUGUCCCGAAUGUGAAAGCCGGUUCUUGGCGUUAUCUUUGGAACUCUACAUCCAAGGACCUAAAACCUGUAGAACCUGGUACAGACUCAUGGCCCAGCGCCACAGCCGACGCCCGCGCUAUUGUGGAAUCACAGUUCCUCUCUUUACGUCUACGCUCACACAAUCUCGUACACCCACAACGAACCGAGACGGGAAAGCUCCUUCCCGCGCAGCCGCGCCGUGUGUACCUCGUCGGCGGUGGCAGCAACAAUGACGCGAUCGCCAAAAUCGCGGGCGAGGUGCUUGGUGGCUCCGAAGGCGUGUUCAAGUUGGACAUUGGGGGGAAUGCAUGUGCUCUGGGCAGUGCGUACAAGGCAGUGUGGGGAUGCAGGAGGGAGGGAAGAGAGACGUUUGAGGACUUCGUAGAAGCGAGAUGGAAAGAGGAGGAUUUCGUGAAAAGGGUCGCGGAUGGCUACACGGAAGGGGUCUUUGAGCAAUAUGGAAAUGCAUUGACUGGUUUCGAGAUGGUAGAAAAUGAGGUCAUCAGAAUCGCUGCCCAGGGAUCAUAGUUCGAUGCUACAUAAACCAUAGUAACACUCGAGCAUCAUUCGCCGUCAAUUAUUGUAGUCCGUUAAUUUCAGGUUUCAGGCGACAGUCCGAAUUCAGCCUCGUAUAGCCAAGCCGUAUUAUCGCC